GGCAUAUAAUUUAUUUAAUAAAAAUAUUGUAUAUAAAAGAUUUGUUUGGCUCAAAUGCUCACACCCCUACUAGACAUUGACGUUAUAACGGUUGCUUUUUGAUCUCAAAUUCUCACUAUUGUUGUGUCCACUAGACAUAAUAAAUUUGCACAGACGAUUAUAAAAUUCUUGAUCUGAGUCAUACAAAACAAUUUGAAAUUGGAUCCAGUGAAAAGAUACAAUAAAGUCACACGUUAUAGACAGGUACAAAAAAUGUCAGUAUUAUCAUAUUGGUGAAGAAGACAUCGAAUAGAUAACUCCUCUUGUUUUUGUCGAGUUCUUAUUGUAAUUUAUAGAACAGUGUAGAAUCUUUUCACUUCUUACUCGUUUUAGGUUUGUCACUUGACGUUUUUUCCGCCUCUAACAAGUAAGAUCAGGCUUGUCUAUAAAUUAACAAUAAAACGAUAAAGAGCUAAUACGUAAUUUUUUUUGUUGCAAAAAAUGGUUAAAUCCGGAUCUAUUAACCCAUGGAUAGAUCCUCUUCUAGACAUUCAAAUGAGCUAAAAAACAAUAGUUCAUAUCCGUAUGGUCAGCAUGAUUCGAACUAGAGUUCGCUGUAUUAAAUUUAUUCCCUCAAGUUCCACUGGACUACGACUGCUGGUUAGCUAAUACAUAAUAGUUACAUACAUUUUUUAUUUUGUUCAAACGUUGUUUUUGUUAAAAGUGCUCAUUAUAAAGAAACUUUGUUUUUACUUUUAGAUAAUAUCUGAUCAAAUAUAUAAACAAACAACCGAAACCAAAAGUACUUAAAACUAGGCUGCAAGAUUUAAACUAAUGAUUGUUUAACACAGUUCCUAAUCAUGUAAAACAAACGCAAAUUGGGUUUCUCUUUCUUAUUUCCUAUAAAAAAAUGAGAAAGAGAAACAAAUACAAAACUCCCUCUUGUUCUGAUCUCAAAGCUCUUAUCUAAAGCUAGAACGUGACAAACUUGCCUCUACUCUAUAUAUUCGCAUUAUAUAUCUUAACGCAUAUUCAUUUUGGUUAAAGCAAAACAUUCUAACUGAGAGAUGGAGAUGGAGAUGAAGAGAGGACAUGUACUAGCAGUUCCAUAUCCAACUCAAGGACACAUCACACCAAUCCGCCAAUUCUGCAAACGACUCACCUCCAAAGGUCUCAAAACCACUCUCACUCUCACCACUUUCAUUUUCAACUCCAUCAAACCCGACCCAUCUGGUCCAAUCUCCAUAGCCACCAUCUCAGACGGCUACGACCUCCAUGGAUUCGACUCAUCUGCCUCCAUCGACGACUACCUCCAAGACUUCAAAACCUUCGGCUCCAAAACCAUCGGAGACAUCAUCCGCAAACACCACACAAGUGAUAGCCCCAUCACUUGCAUCGUCUACGACGCUUUCAUGCCUUGGGCGCUCGACGUUGCCCGAGAGUUCGGUUUAGCUGCGAGUGUUUUCUUCACGCAGUCUUGUGCUGUUAACUACGUUUACUAUCUUUCUUACGUAAACCAUGGAAGCUUGAAGCUUCCCAUUCAAGAACUGCCUUUUCUUGAGCUUCAAGAUUUGCCUUCUUUUUUCUCUGUUUCUGGAUCUUACCCUGCUUACUUCGAGAUGGUGCUACAACAGUUCACAAACUUCGAAAAAGCUGAUUUCGUGCUCGUUAAUACCUUCCAAGAGUUGGAUCUUCAUGAGAAGGAGUUGUUAUCAAAAGUUUGUCCUGUCUUGACAAUUGGUCCGAGUGUUCCAUCAAUGUACUUAGACCAAAGGAUCAAAUCAGACACAGACUACGAUCUUAAUCUCUUUGACUCGAAAGACUCUUCCUUCUGCACUAGCUGGCUCGACACUAGACCACAAGGGUCGGUAGUGUAUGUAGCAUUCGGAAGCAUGGCUAAGUUGAACAGUGUCCAGAUGGAGGAGCUUGCUUCAGCAAUAAGCAACUUCAGCUUCUUGUGGGUUGUCAGAGAGUCAGAGGAGGCAACAAUGCCAUCAGGGUUUCUUGAGACAGUGGAUAAAGACAAGAGCUUGGUCUUGAAAUGGAGCCCCCAGCUUGAAGUUCUAUCAAACAAAGCCAUAGGUUGUUUUUUGACUCACUGUGGCUGGAACUCAACUAUGGAGGCGUUGACCUUUGGGGUUCCCAUGGUUGCUAUGCCUCAGUGGACGGAUCAACCGAUGAACGCCAAGUACAUACAAGAUGUGUGGAAGGCUGGAGUUCGUGUGAAGAUGGACGAGGAGAGUGGGAUUGUUAAGAGAGAGGAGAUUGAUUUUAGCAUUAAGGAAGUGAUGGAAGGAGAGAAGAGUAAAGAGAUGAAGGAGAACGCGAAAAAAUGGAGAGACUUGGCUGUCAAGUCACUCAGCGAAGGAGGGUCUACAGAUGUUAACAUUGAUACAUUUGUAACAAAGGCUCUGAGCAAAUAAGUUACUAGAAGAAGUAGCAAAGAUGUUACGUGCUCCUAAUCACUAUGCUUUGUUUCUAUAUUACUCCAGUUGUUUGUCGUAGUUAAUUGCUACAUUUAUGUUAUGGAAACUGUUUUUUUAAUUACAUAAGAAGUUGUUGUAGAAAGCUUGUCCAGUGUUGGCAGUUGGUCCUACAGGUCUCGUCGCAGCUCCAUGCAUUGGAAUCUAUCUGCUUCAUUUC